CCUCGCGUAGCAUGUCGUAAAAUCUAGUGUAGUCACAGAAGUAUUUUUGUAUUGCCAUUGAUAUACAAGCCGCGAUAGAUUUUAACAGUUUAAAAUAUGUGAUAGUUUUACUGGCGGCAUUUGGACGCCACGAUGGACGCCGUGUAGGCCCAGAGGAGCCAAAAAAUGAGCUGAUCUCUAUCAAAACAAGAAGAUGGCAACAUACAACGCCGAAGGACAUUCUGUUGUGGUGGAGGUAAGCCCAGACAUCCAUAUCUGUGGCUUCUGCAAGCAGCAGUACAAUAACUAUGAGGUCUUUGUCGCUCACAAGCAAAAUGGAUGUUCUCUGCUCACCUCUGAUCCACCACCCACUACUACGACAGCUGCUCUCACGGAUUCCAGCACUGAGUUUGUUUUCGAGGAGACCUACCAGGCUUGUGUGAUGAGAGGUGUCAAAAAGAUCCUGACCAAAGCACAGAAAACGCCUUCCAAAAAACUAAAACCUGCCCUGACUUCAAAGAGACACAGCUGCUGUUUCUCAGGCUGCACUUUUAAAACUCAGUAUGGCCAAAAAGACAUGGAGCGGCACCUCAAAACCCACACCGGUGAGAAGCCGUUUGAAUGUGAGCUCUGCCACAAGCGCUUCAGUCGACGGGACAAGCUCAACAUGCACAGCCGCUCGCACACCGGCGAGAAGCCGCACAAAUGUAAACACUGUUCCUAUGCAGCAGCGGACAGCAGCAGCCUGAAGAAGCACCUGCGCAUCCACUAUGAUGAGCGGCCAUUUAAAUGCCAGAUUUGUCCUUACGCCAGCCGCAACUCCAGCCAGCUUACUGUGCAUCUCCGCUCCCACACAGGUGAUGCACCUUUCCAGUGCCAACAGUGUGACGCAAAGUUCAAAAUCAACUCAGACCUGAAGAGGCACAUCCGGAUUCACUCUGGGGAAAAGCCUUACAAGUGUGACUACUGCGAGUACCGCUGCGCUAUGAAAGGCAACCUGAAAUCACACAUUCAGAUCAAACACGGCACAGAGAACUCCUUUCACUGUUCGCACUGCGAUUUCAAGUGUUCCAACAAGACCGCUCUGCGGCAGCACUCGAGAGCACACCAGCCCACUCAGCCCAUUCAGUGUCCCAAGUGCACUUACUCCUGCUCCAGCAAGGGGGCGCUCAAAGUCCACGAGAGGAUCCACUCAGAGGAGCGCCCCUUUAAAUGUGACUUCUGCAACUUUGCCUCCAAGCAGCGCAGCAACCUCGUCAUCCACAAAAAGAAGUGCCACUCGGAUAAGCCUGAGAAAGGCAGCGGAGGGAAGGGUGGCAGGAGUGGUGGCAAGAGCGGAGGUGGCGACUCUCCGAAGCCUGUCAGCUCCCGGUAUCGGGCCAAACUAGAUGCGGCUCGCGCUUUCUGCUGCGACUCGUGCGACGCUUCGUUUGUGAGGGAGGACUCGCUGCGAAGCCACAAGAAGCAACACAGAGACAGUCAGAGUGUGUUGCAACUCCAGCUCUCCGCCACAGCAGAUGCAGUCAACUUGGUCCCUGUUACAGUGUCACAGAGCAACACCCAGCUCGAGGUUCCCAUGUCAUCUAGCUCAAUGGCUCCUUACAGUAACACAGAGCUCAAAAUCAUCGUGUCUCACCCGUUAGGCCACAGCAACACGUUAAUCCCGGCUGGUGGGGACGUUCAGAACAAGACCAACAUGGUCUUGCUUAGCCCAGAAAACCAGGACAUGGUCGUCAACUCUAUGAUCCAGCAGGUCAACCUGCUGGCGCCUAUGCAACCUCUCGGCUCGUCCCAAACCCCAGAAGGCGCCCUUGAAAGCCAGGCGGUCCUCUUGACGCAGCUCAGCCCCGAAGACGCCAACAACCCUCUCCACCAGGCCCUGCUGCAGACGGCUAUAACCGCUCAGGACUCCAGCAGCAACACACAAACCUUCAUCACAACCUGCUCCGAACUGGAAGGCCUCAACGCCUUGAUCCAGGAGGGCGGCACGGAAGUGACGGUGGUGACGGAAGGGAACGGCGCCUUGGUGGCCACGAGUACUUCACCUGACAUGGACAUGUCCAAGGCAGCAGGGACGGUGAUGGUCGAGGAGAGUGCCUUACCCUGCGAGGAAAGCGCGUUACUGGUUCCUAACAUCAGCCUGGGCGCCCAGAACGUGGUCAUCCAUGGCGUUCCACUAAUAGUGUCCACUUCACAGCAGCAGAGUGCAAUAGAGCAGCUCUCUCCUCACACACUGUACUCGGAUUCACACACACUGGAAGGAAUCCCUCAAUGAGCGGAGGGUGUUGUUUGUUUCUCCGAAACUGAAUAGACUAUAACUGCGUCAUAAGCUAUUUCUUUGCCCUUAAUUCACUCGCAGGUCUGAAGGUAACCACUGAAAUGACAAUGCUGUCGAUUAAAUAUUUUCAGAUUUUAAAAGUAUUCAUUACUGUAGUAGCACAAUUGUUUGAUCCUAAAUGGCGUUAGUUUAAUAUUCAGUAACUUUUAAAGAUGACGAUUAAUUCUUCUGGAUAUAAUUUCGUGCGCUUUAUUUUCAAGUGUCGCUUUUUGAGGGAUCUAAGUUAAAAGAGACACACCUUAUUUUAAAUAAUUGAGUUAUUUAGUUUAAAUAAGGUUUGUUUUUGGCAACAUCACGGCAAAAUAAAGGCAAAUAAAAUCUUAAACAACUGAACACAACUUGAAAUUGUAUGAAUAUAUUUGAGCCAUGCAUUUCCCACGUUUGCCCAUAAGGUGGCAGCAGAACGACGAGUAGACGGUGAAGUUUCCUCUGAAAUUGUCGAGUACUGCAGUCUUUGUAGUAUUGAUUAAACAUAUUCAGUACCUGUAGUUUCUGUUUUAUUUUUUUAAUUAAUAUUUUCAAGUCCUCAUUCUGAGUCUAUGAAGUAGAUGUCAAUUGUAGAAAACAUUCGGCUACAUAUCAAGGUCUUAGUCUCUAAAAGCCAAGUUGCGCUCUCAAUAGAUUUUUCAAUAAAGUGCCUGUUUUGCCUGUUGCUGUCUA